AUGGGCGCCAUAAUUUCAACUAUUCAACCUAUCCUCCAGAGGUUUAAAACGGUACUAAACGAAUACGAGGCCGCAUCCAAACGUAUAUCGCUUCCUCCUGGAAUACCUCAGCUCAAUUCCUCGAUUCCUUUUUGGACAAUUCCUUUAUCUCCCAUUGCCCACCACGGACGAGACACAGAGUUGCCUCAAUACGCUGAUAUCGUUAUUAUUGGGAGCGGUAUCACUGGCGCUUCAAUUGCAAAGGCUUUGCUUGAAUGCUCAAAUACACGGUCGACCCCGUUGAGCGUCGUUAUGGUUGAAGCCAGAGACGCGUGCUCAGGUGCAACCGGAAGAAAUGGUGGCCAUGCAUCGCCGAUUAUAUACAACGAGUAUUUCCGCCUGAAGAAAGCACACGGCGCUACUGUAGCGCUGCAAAUCCUUCGUUUUCGUUUAGCCCAUAUCACGGCUCUCAUUGAGGUUGCUAAAGCAGAAGGACUAUCGGCCGACUCACAAGCCAGGCUUGUGGACAAUUUCGACGCGUUUCUUCAGCCUGAGUUCUUUGAAAAAGCAACUGACGAGUUGAAGGCUUUUUUGAAGGAAGUCCCCAGCGACAUUGGCGAAAGGUUUGGAAUAGUGGAGGACCGCGAUGCAAUCGAGGAGCUCCAAUUGGCAACCUCAAUAGUGGGGUUGAUAAUUAAACCUGGGGCCUCUAUUCACCCAUAUCGUCUCGUUACUGGGAUCCUCUCCAAGCUUCUUGACAACUUUUCUAACUUCCAAUUACAUACACGCACGCCCUGCACCGGAAUUAUGACCGAAAACGGUACAUAUGUCAUCGCCACCCCUAAGGGCGACAUUAAAGCACGGCAUGUUGUCCACGCUACGAACGCCUGGUCUUCGCAUCUUCUCCCCGGGUUACGAGAGAAAAUUGUACCCUGGAAGGCACACAUGUCAAGUCAACGGCCUGGGAAGGGUCUUUCCUCUCAGUGCAAUCUAGAUUCUAAACUUACCACACCCCAAAAUUCUGAAGCGCCGGCGCCUACCAAUGUCCCCACUUGCACAUCGUCUCGGUCCAACUGGACUGGUACACGCGCAUAUGUAUUUUACCCAGGCCAUGAGGAAGGCGUGUACGACUACCUUACCCAGCUUCUCCCAACACCGAUCGAAUCAGUACCGUCAAAAGCCCUUGACAGUAGCGAAACACUGGCGCCUAAAUCCUCUCUGCCUACCGCAGGCGAGCUCAUGUUUGGUGGUGGAGCGAUGCUUGGUGGGAUGAGUGAGUCGGCACUGCUGAAUGUCGUCGGCGUCACCGAUGACUCGCAUCCAGAUUUUGCAGUUGAGGCAUACCUAAGCGGUUCGUUGCCUAUGUAUUUUGGCAGGCACUGGGGUGAAGAGGGGUCAGAGGCGGAUGACAUUGAGGCUGGAAAGACUGAGGACGUGCAGUGGGGAAAGGGGCGCGUGAAAGCCGUGUGGUCUGGCUUGGUUGGCCUGUCAGCUGACGCAAAUCCUUGGGUAGGGCGCGUUCCUCCCUCAGUGUCUGGUAGGAGAGAGCCUGCACCCCAACCUUCUCGCCCACCGUACGAUAAGCCGUCAGCGGUGGAUGGUGAGCAUUUGGCACCGGCAGGUGAAUGGGUGUGUGCGGGAUAUAGCGGUGAAGGUAUGGUACAUGCGUGGCUGAGUGGACGUGCAUUGGCGCGUAUGAUAUUGGGGAAUGCUGGGAAUGGAUCGGGGGCAGAACAUGAUCUUGAAUUGCCUGAACCUUUCUUGAUUACAGAAAAUCGAAUCAAACGAACUAAGAUCAGAGAUAUUACGCAGAUAGGUAACAAUUGA